AUGAUGGCGUCUCGUGCUUCGAGUUCUUUACCACUAAAACGCGUAGCGACACCUUUUGGCUAUGGAUCGUUGCAUCUCAAUGAAGAUGAGGCACAGAGUGUUUCGACAUCGGAAGGAGAACGUCUUCAUUCGCGUCAGGGCUUUGCACAUGUCGAGUUUCCAUGGGGACAUGCUUAUGUUCAUUCGGACUUGAUAGCGACCGUACCUAUCUUUACGUUCUAUGCUUUAUCCAAGACGCAGCAUAUAAAAUUCUCGCUGCCUUUUGCACUAAUUAGUAUGGGCCAAGAGAUGGUGGACGCAGUACGACAACAGUUGGAACUGGGUUCAACGAUCGCCGUUACACUGGUACAGACAGACUCAGUGAGCAAACACGAGAUUCUACCACAACUCAAGCUUGGAGAGUCUACUAUUGGAGCAGGUCCAGAACAUCCAGUACUAGUGUUACAGACUCCUAUGGUGCAAUUUGAUAAGAAUAAGUGUUCCGUCUCUAUGUUACUUCAGGAAAACUAUCUGCAGGCAGUACAAGUAACAAAAGGGUGUGGUUUGGUGCUGGGUAAUUGUGAAGUAGCUCGUGGGAUCAAGUACUGGGAAGUGAAGUUGCAAAAUGCACGAGGUGGAGACGGUGUGUUUAUUGGUGUCGCAUCAGCGGAUUUGACACUAAAUACGAGCAUCUUGAGUCGUGGAGUGUUUUGGGGUAUUUCAUGUGCUACUGGACACAAGUUCCAUGACGUGAUUGAGUACUAUUCGGAUCCAUGCAAAGACGGAGAUGUGGUUGGUGUACUACUUGAUAUGAAGUACCGACGACUCAGUUUUUACGUGAAUGGACGGAAUCUUGGCGUUGCGUUCAGUGGCAUUCCAGUCAAACGAUUGUGUCCUGUCUUUUCGUUAACAUUCAUUGGACAAAACAUCAAGUUGCUGCCGACUGCAUCGCCACCGAUGCCGUAA